CGUCCUCCCCGCCCCUAUCCGCUUCUCCGCACGGAACAUCACAUGACACGGGUGAACUAAAAGGAACUGAAAGUCUCUGCGGUUCGUUCUCGUACGUUUUAGGUUUCGCUGUUUGUGCUCUCAUUGUAACAAGGAGGUACUAAAUCCACCAAAAAUGGCACUAAGCGAUUCAGAUGUUCAGAAGCAGAUCAAGCACAUGAUGGCUUUCAUUGAUCAAGAGGCCAAUGAAAAAGCGGACGAAAUUGACACAAGGGCAGAAGAAGAGUUCAAUAUUGAAAAAGGUCGUCUGGUGGAGGAGCAGCGACGUAAGAUCAUGGACUACUAUACUCGCAAGGAGAAGCAGGUGGAAUUGCAUCGUAAAAUCCAAAGCUCCAACAUGCUGAAUCAGGCACGUCUUCGAGUCCUCAAGGCUGGUGAGGACUACAUCAGUCAAGUUCUGGAUGAAGCAAAAGCACGCCUUGGAGAAGUGACCAAAGAUACAGCCAGAUACAAAGUUCUUCUGAAUACUCUUACACUGCAAGCCAUGUUCCGCUUGCUGGAGCCCGAGGUUGCUAUAUCCUGCAGGGCACAAGAUGCAAACUUGCUAGACAUUGCAGAGCUUCAAAAUCAAUACAAGCUCAUCACUAAAGCAGAUGUCAAACUAACAAUGGGAGCAAACUUACCUGCCAAUGCAAGUGGAGGAGUUGAGGUGGUUGCCAGACGAGGAAAGAUCCGCGUGGUGAACACUCUGGAUUCUCGUCUCGAAAUGAUCUCCCGCCAACUUUUGCCACAGAUCCGUGUAGCCCUGUUCGGCUGGAAUCCCAACCGCAAGUUCCUCGACUAAGGGUCACUUUCGUUGCCUCACAGACUGUUUAAUCUAUUGUGAUUGACACUGAUGUGCUAUGGGGAUCAGUAUAAAUAUUCAGGACGUGUAGAUUCAUAGUGUUGCUCUUUAUUUCCUGUUUCUUUUUGUGAAUUUAAUGCAUCUCUGCAGAGGCUUCUCUUUACUUGUAUUUUUUUCUUUGCGACAGUUUGAUAUACCAGAUGCGGUACUUUAUAAUUUGGUGUCUUGGCACUAUUGUUAUUGAUAUGACUUGAUGUGUACAGCUAUCAUGGCAUUCCAAGGAACUUUUUGUCAGCAAGGAGGAGAGAUUCCUAUGAUUUUGAAUAGAUUUAAGCGCUUGUCAAAUCACAUCACUGUGAACAUUUAAAGCACGUUCUCCAUACUUAGCUGCAUGACAAAAAAAAAAAAAAGCUGUUUAGUGGCACUCUUCUCUGGAAUAAUGUAUUCUUAAACCCAUACAAAUGUGUCCUCAUUUGUGUUUACAAUAAACUGUACAAUGAGCUACUGUA